AUGCUCCCCACCAGAGGCAUUGCCUUGAGCGGCCAGAAGGGCUCCCGGCCGCAAGCCCUGGCCUGUCAACUUUGUCAUCGAUCCGUCUCGCCUGCCCCUGUCCCUCAAUCGCUGGUUACGCGGUCCUAUGCGUCAAGCAGCCCGUUAACUCGAAAUGCGCGCCUCGGCCAAUUGCGACCACAGAAGAGCCCGAGAAGUCCCUGGACUGCAAUCAAAUACAAUCCUACGCCUAGUCGGCUCCAAUCAACCAAGUCCGACCAACUCACAUCGGUUGACUUUGACGAGGCGGUGGCCCAGAUCGCACACGAAUGUGCGGAGCUUCGGAAAACGGAUUCUGUGCCCCCCACCGACAAGGUCGUGAAACUCCUGGAACGAUGCCAGAAAAUUGCGGAAGCUAUAGUACAGCCGGAGCAGGAUACUGGCAAGACGUCUUCAUCGAAACAGCAACCGGAUGAGAUCGCAUCUCUCCUAGAUCUAGAGGAGAGGAAGACGACCCGGAAACCACAGCAAUCCGCCACUCUGCCCCCAAAGACACCCGAACAGAUCAUCGACCGCCUCUGCAAAGCGGUUCACGACCUCCUAACGGAUGAAAAGGUCUUCAUCUCCCCCGAAGCAUUGACCUGCUACACCAAGAUCCAUACCAUGUUGAAACGCCUCGACCACUUCCCGGAGAUCUUCCAUCUUUAUGCGAACAAACCGGUCCCAGAGGAGAACAGCUCUCCUGUUAAAUACCACAAGGCGAAGCCCCAAAGCAUUAACAGUUCCGUGCCUGUGGAACUUGCAGACAUGGCCCUGGACGUGGCGAUCGACCAGCGGAACCUGUCGCUCGUGUUGGCCAUCAUCGAUACCACAUUCUGCGCUCCGGCGUUCCGCCGCGCGAAACUGUUCAAGAAGGCAGCCGUCCCGCUGGGUGGAUUGGCCGCGGCCCCUGCAGCCUGCUAUACCAUUGCGUCGUGGGCCGCGACGCUGCAGAACACGAUGGACCCGAGCACCGCGACAGGUAUCGCUUUUGCUGCAACCCUGGCAUACGUCGGAGGCAUCUCGUCUGUUGGAAUACUCGCCAUUACGACGGCCAAUGACCAGAUGGAGCGUGUGGUCUGGCAACCGGGCGUGCCGCUGCGACACCGUUGGCUGCGCGAAGAGGAGCGGGCGGCGUUCGACAAGGUUGCGCUGGCGUGGGGAUUCAAGGACAUUUAUAUGCGCGGUGAAGAGGAAGGCGAGGAAUGGGAUACCUUGCGGGAGUUUAUCGGAAUGAGGGGGAUGAUUCUGGACAAGACGGACUUGAUGGCAGGAAUGCAAUGA